UAUUAGAUCUAUUGAAUGGAAUGUAUAGGUUGAUAAAAAAUAAGGAUGCGUAUCCCAUAAUAAGUCAAGUCUACUUUUAAAAGAGCACGGUGAAUCGACUGAAAAUAAUUGCAAUACGAUCUGACGUAUAAAUUAAUUUAUGUAGGCUUAUAUUAGAAGUGACGAUCAUAAUUAUUAGUAGUAUUAGUCACGAAAUUCAAUCAGCGGAAUUUACUACUUGAUGGAUAGACAACGAUCAUCUAUAGAUCCUUCUAAUUAUAAUGGUACUCCUCUACAAUUACCGACCAAGAAAAAGAAACUAUUACAAAUUGAUGAUUUCUGGUUAACAUCUUCAUUACACUUGUACAAUUAUCUUAAUAAUCGUUUCAUAAUUUUCAAUUGUCAAUGUUAUCACAGACAUUAUGAUCCAAUCGAUUUUUACGAAAAUAUUUUCAUCAAGAAACAAUCAUAUUUUGCUUGUAUCGUUUCUAAUGAUGACAGCCGUAUACGACAUAUGUGUUUUCCAAUUAUGCUUGGCUCGAUGAUUGAUUUACACUUACGACCCCAACAUGAAUUAGAUCCUGAUGUAUUUGGAUGUUUCAUCAUUAAUGGUUCAUUAAAAAUUUUACCGAAUUUUCAAACAAAUAAUUUAAAUUCUAUACAUAUUUAUAGUUAUAAAGAUGAACGUUGUGUUCGUUGGGUUGUAAAAACCAGUAGUAAUACAUGUCGUCUGUACUACUCUACAGCAAAAUCAGAACAAGUUUUAUGUGAGUUCACUGAUAGUACAAACUUAAAUAACACUUCAACUGAUGAUGAUUGUUUCUUUUCAUUUUUAGAGUUUGAUAAAAAUGAUCGAAAUGACAACUCCCGUAAAAAAAAUCCUGAUGAUUCGAACAAAGACAAUGAAAAUUGGAUUAACUUCAUUAACCAUGUUAAUCCUUAUAAUUGUAAUGAUACAACAGUAGAAACAUACAUCGACGUAUUUCAAUUAUUGUUGAAAGACUAUCCGCAAAUAGAUGACUUAGCGAAUAAAACUAUUAUAACAGCUCCUAUGAUCCUUUAUCGAGUUGUGACUAUGACUAAGCAUACGAAAUUAAAACAAAUUUUCGAGAGUGGUAAUCUUUUUUACGUUUUAUCAAAGAAAAAACACAUGACAUUAAUUAAAGAUUUUGCGAACAUGUAUUUGAAUAUUGAAGGUCAAAAGCAUGAUAAAAUUCGAUAUACUUUAGAUUUGACAAAGCGGUCAAUUAACCGGCAGACAAGGAAUAGCAAAGCGUUGCUGUACCCACGCGAUGCUGAUUACUUUAUAUGUUACUUAACAUGCAAAGAAAUGAAAGAUGCAGGUGAGACAAUCAGUUUUGCUCAUUAUGUCACUAUCACACUUCCGAUCAAUGAAAAGUUAAUUCAACUAGAGAUAUUCCAAUCUCAUGAAUAUGAUACUCCAGGUGGCUUACGAAUUAUUAUCAAUGGCUUUCUAACUAAUUGUUACGUUGAAAACUCUCUGAUCUCUUUGGUAAACUUUAAGCGACGACUCCCCAUGAUAACAUUUUUUCGCUUAGGUCAUCGGUAUUUAUUCACAUAUACUAAGGGGUAUGUCUUAGUUAAGUACAGCAGUAAGUAUAAUAUAUUUGUGUCGCCAUACGAAGCACAAAAUUUGUUUCCUGACUGUUUCGAUAAUUACUCGCAGUUCAGCCGUUUUGGUUGUUUUGCUCGACAAUUAUCAUCAUCUAUACUAAAAACACCACCUCCAAAAUGCACUGUUACAAUAAAUAAUAUACGAGGUGCAUGUAAUGUGUUAAAUAGUAGAUUUAAAGCCCAAGCUUUUCUUACAUCAAUUGGUUACAAUAGUGCUAUUAUUUAUCAACGUCAUGGAGAAAAUGAACUGCUCUCCCUGAAUAAAAAAUAUUCAAGAAUAUCAUUGUGCAAAAAUAACAAUAAUUCUGAUGGUGGUGAAGGAAAAUUAUUACCUAUCGCUAGAGAAAACCAUAUUGCGUUUGCAUGGCUAAAAUACGCUGAGAGAUGGGAUAUUAAGCCAAAUAAUCAAUCAAUACUUGACAAUUAUUUCAAAGAGUUAGAUGCGACGAUACUUAAGUCCCCGCAAUCAGCCAUACCCCGCGACGGAAGUGAGUUUUUUGGUGUUAUUACCAGUAUGAUUGAUCCAAACGCGGAUGCCAGCAAUGAGUUUUAUUUAGAAUUCUUAAAAUCCAUUUUGCCUACUAAAUAUUUGUUUAUUGAUAAUCGAUUCUCUCUCAUUAUGAACAAUGAUGAAAAUGAAGUUAAUUUGCUUCAUCGGGCUACUGUGAAAACGAUAGCCAAUAUACCCGAAUACAAGCAACAUCUUCGAGUCUUAAUCAACAAUGACAGUAUAGUGAUACCUCUGUAUAAUUAUACACCAUUAACCAUCAGCAGUAUUAAUGAAAUUGAUAAUAGUAGUACAGAAAUAACGUGCAAAUCACCAGAACGCCUACGAAAGAAACGGAAGUACAAUCGUAACAGUUAUACUAUAACAGCACCUCAAAAAUUGUGUAAUAAAUCUUUCAAGUCACAAAGGAUUCAAAAUUCUUCGAUGUUUAAAUCCAUGGAAAUCAUGACAGAAUGUGAAGAUUAUUACAAUUUGUAUACAACCAAGUUGUUCGGUUUGUUAUGCAGCAACGACUACACUGAUCGAAAUACAAAUCAACUAGUAUUAUAUUGUGCUUUUGGAGAUGUCGGUGGUGGCUGUAUUGAAGACGGUAUUAUAUUGGAUAAGACUUUCGUGGCUAAUGCGCCAAAUAAAUUGAUUUCAGUUACAUUAGCUGUAAAAUUUAUGACUCAAGAUUCUGGUUACAAUGCGCAUGAUAAAAAACAUACUCAUUUUCAAUCUGAAAAAAGUAACGCAUCAGUAAAAAAUGAAAACGAUAUAAAUACCGGUCGGAAGAGUAGAAGAAAUAGUAAAUCAUUACAAUCCCUUAAUGUGAAGUAUUCACCAAUCAAUCGUGAAAUAGAUAAGUGUCUUAUCUUUGGAGUAAUUUCAAGUAAUCAAAAACUGCUUACUUUCAAGAGCAAAAAUGUUAAUAUUGUCGAAACUAAUUUGAAAACUCAUAAUUUUUAUGUUAUCUAUUGUGUUGAAUUUACGCACCACGAAAAAACUAUAGAAUCUUACUACAAUGAAAGUACUAAUACGUUAAUAAUUCACUAUCGAUAUAUGAGACCUAUUGGAAUCGAUAUGAAAUUUUGUAACAAACAUGGUCAAAAAGCAAUUGUUUCAUGCGUUCGAGACCUAAGUUAUUACCGUGCUUGGACAAGAAGUGGUAAAUGUAUCCAUCCACAAGUUUUAUAUAGUAUGCAAAGUGUUAUCGGGCGGAUGGCCGCUGGUCAAGUUCAUGAAAUGCUAUCAAAUGAAGAGUGUGGGUUUAGUGAAAAUGGUGAAGUAGUGGCACCUAUGUCAUUUGUAAUUCAUUCUGUAGAAUCUUCAGUUAAAAGUAAAAUAACAGCAGCAUUGAGAAUAGAUUUAAUGACUCAGCAAAAUGGUUUUGAUGCGAAUAUGUGUACUGGAUUAGCUUUAUUAGCUACUACACAACAUGCAGGAAAUUUUACCGAUAGUUAUGCACGACUACAUUAUUUGAAAGAAUUAUUCAAAUUAAAUGGUAUAAAUUUCGAAUUUUUAUAGCAUUGAUAUUGAUUAUAAAAAAUUAAAAAAAAAAAUAUUUUUCUCUAACGUAUGUCAACCUAAUAAAUUCCGUUUUUUUCUGGAAGUUCGCAAAACAAAUAUGUUUAAACAGUUAAAUUUGAUUAGAUUUAAUAUGAAAAAUUUUGAAAAUCCUACCAAGUACUUUAUGCAUAUUUUUGUAACGAAAAUUAUUCUCAUUAAUUUUCAUAGCAGUUAUUAUCAAAGUUUUCAGUUUUUGCAAUAGUGGAAGAAAGAAAUAUAAACGCAAUAGAUAGAGAGAGCUGAAAAUACUCAGAAUUUUUAGUGACAUCAGAAUCCAGCAGCUAAACUCCUCUCCUUUCUCUAAAAU